AUGAGUUACCGCUACGAAAAUGUCCAACAAACGAGACAUCCAGGACGCAAUACAUCAUCAUCACAUCGCCAAUCAUACUAUCACAGCGACGGUAUGACGGAAAAUGAGGUGAGGAGAGCAAGACAAAGAUAUAAUGAGGCUCCCAGUUCCGACAAUUCUAUCGAGCUCAGCAUGAUGGGUGACGACGGCCGAGAACACCGUCACCGCCGUAGGAAAAAGCAGGAGCCUGCUGGUUGUGUCAUUUUGUAG